UUAUCCCUGUAAUUCUCCACGACUGAAACAACGCUGUCCUUUUUUGCAAAUGACUCAAGCGUGAUCCCACAGCCCAUGUGGCUGGCUUCUCCGUACGCUUUUGACUUUCUUUUUUUCCCCUUCUUUGUUUUGUGAAUGGUCGCUGAGAAGAAGGCAACAAAACUGUAAGUAAUGCUUUGGCAAUAACAGAUUAGAAAUGUUGCGCUGCAGGUUAAUACACAGAGAGAACGUAAGGUUAAGUCUCUAAUGAACAAAUUGUGACUGAGUUACAUGAGAUACUACUACUAAAUUCAACUUGAAUCUAAUGUUUCUCUCCUUCUUGCCCUUCCUGCCCUUUUCUUGUACUAUCACUAUCCAGAGGAAGAUGAAAAAUAUAUAUACAAUAAGCUAUUUCUGUGUAUUUCCACUAAAGGUCACUGAACCUUUAACCCAGACAAGACUGUUUUCACCUUGUCAGUGAUGGAGAAUGCAGGGAAGAAAAGAGGAAUUGUGAUAAAAGAUGACUGGCCGGGUUACAGUCUGGACUUGUUCACCUACCCCGAACACUACCAUGAAGACAUAGAGAGUGUUUAUAUUCCACAUGGAGUGAUCAAGAACAGGACAGAGCGUCUGGCCCGAUACAUCAUGGACGACUUCGGGGACAACAACAUAAUGGUGCUGUGCGUCCUGAAGGGAGGCUACAAGUUCUGCGCGGACCUGGUGGAGUUUAUCAAGGUUCUUGGCCGUAACUCUAACAAGUACCUUGAAACCCGGGUGGAGUUCAUCCGUCUGAAGAGCUACCUGAAUGACCAAUCAACAGAAGACCUGCACAUCAUAGGAAGCAGUGAUCUGUCUUUUCUGCGUGGAAAGAGUGUGCUCAUUGUUGAGGCCAUAGUUGACACAGGAAAGACCAUGAACGCCCUUCUGAAGCAUGUGGAGACCUUUGAACCCAAGAUGGUCAAGGUCGCAGGUCUGCUGGUGAAAAGGGUCCCUAACAUGCCUGAAAGUCUGACAGACUAUGUUGGAUUUGAAAUCCCCAACCACUUUGUUGUUGGUUAUGCUUUGGACUACAAUGAAUACUUCCGUGACCUGAAUCAUAUCUGUGUCAUCAGCAAGAUCGGGAAGAUGAAGUACAAGGUUUGAGAAGAAUUGAAACCACAAGUUAUGCGCAGUUUUGCAUUAGCAGCAGUAUUUCAACCGUGUCCUGCUGAAGAUAAAUUAAGCUGCAGUUCUGUUUUUGUGCACACAAAUGCUUCAAAAUAUAUCGUCCAUCUCUCUAAAGGUCAUUUUAAAGGAGCUGUGUUUCACAUAAAAAAAGUACAUUUGUAUUUAUAUCUGUCAUUUGUAAUAUACGUUUUUAAGUGUAAGUGCUUUACAAUGAAGGACUGUUCUUCAAAUCAAAAGCACCAGUCAUAACUUCCUCUUAGUGUCCAUAAAAUGUUUUUAAAAAGUAUUUGUUGUGAUGCAAUUACGGCCUCAUC